CUUUGAAGGGUUCGUCUUACCCGGAAGCGUCCCGUGACUACGCUGCUCGCUGGCUUUUGCUGCAUGAAAACAAGCUUUUAAUUUCCCAAAUGGAUCUUCCGUGCGUCCCGUGGCAAGAGCACGUUGCUCGGAAAUGGGCCGGACUCGAACCCGAGCUCAGGGAGCGUUUUAAGUCCAUGCUUGAAAUAAAAGAUGUCAUUGAAAGCGCCCUGAGUCUGACAACGCAGGAUGACGUGAAGUGCUUGCACAGCAUCUCUGCCGGAAGACCUCAUCAUCACACACGAAAGGAUGCAGAGUCGGCGGCCGCAUGCAGGGAACGAGGCAACGCCAGCUUCAAAGGCAGGAGGUACACCGAGGCAGCCCUGCACUACUCACAGGGAGUUUGUUUGGCCCCCCAAGGUUCUGAGCAACUGCCGUUGUGCUACGCCAACCGCUCUGCGGCACUCUUCCACCUGCAGCGCUACCAGGAAGCUCUUGACGACGCGGCAGAAGCCGAGAGGACCAACUACCCGUCCGGUCUCUCCCACAAGCUGGAGAAGCGUCGCGCACAAUGCCUGGCACGCCUCUCUUCCUCGGAGCUCCGUGCAGACCAAGAGGAAGGUGUCCGGUCGGGGGUGUCUCCUAAAGGUGUCCAGUCGGGGGUGUCUCCUAAAGUGACCGUUCGCGUCAGCCUUGAGAAAGGUCGCCACGUGGUGGCGUCAGAGACGAUCGAAGCUGGUGAGGUGAUCCUGAGCGAGAGGCCGUACAGCUUCGUCCUGGUUCCGAGCAGCGGCGGCGCGUUCGGGUCGGAGCACCGGCGCUGCCAUGCGUGUUUGAACCCGACGUGGCGACCGGUCCCGUGCGGCGGGUGCUCAUAUGCCCGCUACUGCGCCGCCAGCUGCAGGGACCGCGCCUGGGAGGAGUACCACUGCCAGGAGUGCCCACUGGGCGCCCACGUGACAGCUUUGGGCAUCUUGUCGCAGUUGGCUCUGAGAGUGGCGCUCAAAGCCGGCCUGAAGAACAUCCGCCAGGCCUCCGGAGCCGCCGCCGAGCCCCCAGCGGAUCCUUCGGGCGCCGCGUAUGAGGGCGUCUCCUGCCUGCUACACCACUUGGACCGGCAGAGCGCCAGCAUGCGCUUCCUGUGUGCGGUCACCAUGGCGACGCUGUGCCUGGAGCUCAGCGGAACGGGACCGCCGCCCGCGGGACGACAGGUCGCCUUCGUGCGGGACCCCGUCGCCGAGGAUCAGGGGUGGCGGCUGCUGGCCGGCGCGGCGCUGAGGCAUCUGCUGCAGCUGCGGUGCAACGCGCAGGCCGUCGUCAUGCUGGAAGACCAAGGUUUGUCAGACGCCCUCGUGCUGUCCAGUCAGGAAAGACGGGUCGCAACGGCCAUCUUCCCGACGCUGAGUCUCUUCAACCACUCGUGCCGACCCAACACCAGCCUGAUGUUCGGCGGCGGCGGCAUCGUCACGGUGCGGGCGUCCCGCAGCGUGAACGCCGGGCGAGAGGUCCUGCACUGCUACGGUCCUCACAACAGCAGCAUGGCCGCCGCGGAGCGCAGGCACCUCCUGCAGGAGCAGUACUUCUUCCUGUGUCAAUGCGAAGCCUGCGAGGAAGAGCGGGCGCCGGGAAGUAGCAGAGAUGGUGCAUCUGGACUGCUCUGCGCAGAGUGCGACACUUCCCUCGCGUCCUCCGGCGGAGGCGAUCUGGAGUGCCGAUCGUGCGGUUUCGCGUUGUCCUGUGGCGAUCUGACCGAGAGGCUACAGGACGUCCGCAGAGACUUGGACGAGGCCGUGGAUCUCCUGGAGAAAGGCGAACCCGGAGAGACCCUCGCCCUGCUGGAGAGAAGCGGGUGUCUCGCGGGCGUGACGCUGCCGCACACGCACCAGCUCCAGGGCCGCAUGGACGACACUUUGGCCAGAGCGCACGCGACCAACGGCAAUUGGUCGCGUGCGGCCUUGCACUUGGAGCGCAGCAGUGCCGCCGUAGCCGCCCGCUUUGGCGCAGACAGCGUGGAGAUGGCGCGACAGCUGGCAAAGUUGGCGCAGCUGCACUUCAACGCCGGCUCGAGAGCAUCGGCCCUGUCCGUCAUCCCCGAGGCCCGACGCCUUCUGAGCCUGCACUGCGGCGCCCUCUGCCCUGAAGUGCAGGAGCUGCAGGCCAUGGAGGAUUGUUUACAUAAUUCAUAAUUGAUUUUGUCAAUAAAAAGAUGACUAAAAUGUCUUUGUAUUACACAUGA